UUUUGUAGGAAACAAAAUAGCCAUAUUAAUAAAAUACCUUUGUCAUGUCAUCUUUGACAGUAAGUGAUCCUCGUAUGCCCGAUGGUUUUUUUAAAUGCAACAUCCACCUGAUGUGACGUAGGCAUGUAAACAUUGUGUAACAAGUCAUGGCCGCCGUGUUGGUAAGGACUUUGUCAAAGUCUUGCAGAAAGCUCACUCGGUCGUGGGCGGGAUUCCAGCCAGGAUGGAGGAACACGUCCACCAAGUCUGCCCUGGAUGUGGACUCAGUGCAGACGAGCGGCGUGGUGAACUUCCCUCCUCUCCAGUCAUUUUCUGAGGAGGAGAGUAUGAUGAGGGAAUCGGUGAAAAAGUAUGCACAAGAACGUAUCGCCCCCUUUGUGGCAAAGAUGGAUGAGCAAUCUAACUUGGACGAAGCAGUGAUCACGUCUCUAUUUGAGCAGGGUCUCAUGGGCAUCGAGAUCGACGUGGAGUACGGCGGCACCGGCUCAACGUUCUUUUCCUCCAUCCUGGUCAUCGAGGAGCUGGCGAAGGUGGACGCCUCCGUGGCCGUGCUGUGCGACAUCCAGAACACUCUGAUCAACACGCUCUUCGUGCAACUGGGCACUGCGGCACAGAAGGAGAAGUACCUCAGCCGGUUGUCUACCGACAUGAUCGGCAGCUUUUGCCUGUCCGAGGCCGAGUCGGGUAGCGACGCUUUUGCGCUGAAGACCCGUGCGGAAAAGCACAAAGACUACUACGUCAUCAACGGGUCGAAGAUGUGGAUCAGCAAUGCGGAACAUGCCGGCGUGUUCCUGGUGAUGGCCAAUGUGGACCCCUCAGCUGGUUACAGGGGCAUCACUUGCUUCAUCGUCGACCGGGAAACGGAAGGCCUGGAAAUCGGCAAGAAGGAAAACAAACUCGGCCUGCGCGCGUCCUCCACCUGCCCACUUAAUUUUGACAACGUCAAGGUGCCCGAGAAGAACAUCUUGGGCCAGGUCGGUCACGGGUACAAGUACGCUAUCGGGAUGCUGAAUGAGGGGAGGAUUGGAAUUGCAGCUCAGAUGCUCGGUGUUGCACAAGGUUGCUUUGACCAAACGGUUCCUUACACAAGACAGAGGAAGCAGUUCGGAAAACGGAUCUUCGACUUUCAGGGUAUGCAGCACCAAAUCGCCCACGUGGCGACGCAAAUCGAAGCCGCCCGCCUGCUGACGUACAACGCCGCCCGUCUGAAGGAGGCCGGCAGACCCUUCAUCAAGGAGGCCUGCAUGGCUAAAUACUUCACGGCGGAGGUUGCCACCUUGACGACGUCCAAAUGCAUCGAAUGGAUGGGAGGGGUGGGCUUCACAAAAGACUACCCAAUAGAGAAAUACUACAGGGACUGUAAAAUUGGUACCAUCUACGAGGGCACGACAAACAUCCAGCUGUCCACUAUGGCCAAAUUCAUCGAUAAGGAGUAUGACGUUUAGGAUUCUGUCCAACUGUAACCCGUCAAAUUGCACUACCAAGACUGCCACGUUACACUCCCCACAUUCAUUAUUGCGUGCGUCACGUGACUUUGGAAAGGACGAUGGAGUUGUCUCCCCGCAUCCCUACAAGACAUGGAUUUGUUGUUACAUUUUGCCAUUUCUUAUGUCCUUCUUUGUGGUGCACUGAUGUCAAUUUGUAUGGAUAUUCCAGUUAUGAUCAUUUGAUUAUGCAGAAAUGUACCACCACAGCAAUGGAUUCUCUUCUUUUUAAUGUUUCUGUGCCUUCGCGCUAAACCAACCUCAUUAAAGUAAGAAGACUGUUAGUAUAAUUGUCGUGGUUUAUUUACCUAAUAUUAAAAAUACUGGAAACGGCUUUGGGAAAGCUCCACAAGCUAAUAUUUCUCUGAUGUAAAGCAGUUAUGAUUGUUUGCCUUGCUCGUGCUUGAAAACAUGAAAAUGUUUAAUCUAUGAUUGCACAAGACAAGUAAAUCCCUCCUCCCUUCUCGUGCAAUGGAUUAUUCCAUCUUCUUGUUGCGCAUGUGUAUACUUGUUGAUCAAAGUGGGGGAAAAAGGGUUCCCCAGCCACCUGUCCUGUUUCCCCGUUGUCCACUAGA